AUGAUUAAUCAGAAAGAGUCUUCCUGGCUGAUUGUUGACGUGUCUCCCGAUCAAACAACUGAGGAAUGUGGCUACUGGCUGUUGACCCUGUCUGGACGUGGCAAGCAGGGCGGCAAGGUGCAUGCCAAGGCCAAGGCCAAGACGCGGUCCUCACUGGCCGGCCUGCAGUUCCCGGUGGGCCGCGUGCACCGGCUGCUCCGCAUGGCCGAGAUCCUGGAGCUGGCGGGCAACGCGGCCCGCGACAAGAAGAAGACGCGCAUCAUCCCGCGCCACCUGCAGCUGGCCAUCCGCAACGACGAGGAGCUCAACAAGCUGCUGGGCAAAGUGACGAUCGCACAGGGUGGCAUGCUGCCCAACAUCCAGGCCGUGCUGCUGCCCAAGAAGACCAAGAGCCACCACAAGGCCAAGUGA